UCUCAGGAACUGCGGAAACAAAUGAGCCGACCCACCGCUAUAACGCUGCCGCCUAUCGACGUGCAACAUUCUGCUCCUUUUCGUUCCCGUCCACGGAGUGCUAGUAUCGUAAAAGUUGAGCAGGUUGGCGAUGGGUCGUUGGAGGAGGUGCUUGACCAAAGUGCCUAUGUCAAUAUCAAUGCAAACUGGGUGAAUGCAAAAGGCGCAUGGCUCAUUCACGUCGUCUUAAUUUGUCUGGGAAAACUGAUUAUUGACACCCUCCCGGGCAUGACGCAGCAAAUAAGCUGGACGCUUGUAAAUCUCUUAUAUCUUGCCCUUUCCUACUUGAUGUUUCACUGGGUCACCGGCAUCCCUUUCGGGAGUGACCUGCACAGCGGGGCUUACGACGACCUCACACUGUGGGAACAAAUCGACGAUGGUGCGCAAUAUACGCCCGCAAAGAAGUGGCUUACCUUUGUUCCUGUCGCACUCUUUCUCGCAUCAACCCACUAUACCAGCUACAAUCCUUGGCUAUUCGCUAUCAACAUUACAGCGCUCGUUUUCGUCCUCAUUCCCAAGCUGCCGCAGCUUCACCGCCAACGCGUUCGCUUUAUGCAUGAAUCAGAGGCCUCAGGAAUGGCAACACCAGUCACCCCGAUACAUUCCUCUGGCAUGAACACGCCCUUGAAAGACAUCACAGAAGCCCAUUUCUUCAAAGCCACCAAGACUAAUAUUCUGCAGUGGUUUCCUGCGGAGUCUCGGAUAGUACGAUUCGAUAUCCUAAAAACUCCCGUUCAUCAACCUGGAGAGAAUUGA